AACGCGAGAGAGUAGAGAUUAUUCCACUAAUUUAUUUAUUUCUGUAUGUUUAUAAAAAAAAAAAAUGGUAAUCGAGAGCCUUGCCAACGGAAUCAUUUCUUAAACUGAGAUAAUUAUUUUUUGUUAAUAAAUUCAGUUCUCAGGAGCACUGUCGAGAUUAGAUCCAUACACGACGCUUGCUGCUGCUUCUGCUUCACUCUCCUUCACACUCUCUAGCUUCAUCUCGUAGAUAUAUAUCAUAUAGAGAGAUACAGAGCUCAUAUCUCUCUCUAUAUCUCGAAGAAGAUUAAAGAUUCAUUCGUUUUGUAAAUACAGUUUGUAUCUUCUGCUCCAAGAACACGAGGGAGUAACAAAAAACAAGUGAUCUUUCAACAUGUCUUCGAUGCCACUGCAACGUGGCAUCUCAGGAGGAGUACGAGUUUCCGACAGCGCUGACGAUCUACGAGACUCUCAAAUGAAAGACAAAACAGACUUGAUCAGAGGCCGUUCUACAACAGACAGCAGCAGCUUAACCUUACGGUUUCCUUUCGCUUUCCUCUUCACCAACAAUACUCAAUCCCCUUCCAAAACCGGCGACAACGGCAGUGAUCCGAGGAGCAGGCACAGAUUGGUUCUCCUCUUUCUCAAGAUCAGUUUGGUUCUCAUCGUUGUUCUCGCCUUAGCCGGUUCCUUCUGGUGGACGCUUUCGAUCUCGGCGUCACCGAGAGGUGGUCAUGUGUAUCAUAACUACAGGAGGUUGCAGGAGCAGCUCGUUUCGGAUUUAUUGGAUAUUGGGGAGAUCUCUAUUGGUCCCAGCAGGUGGAAAGAGUUGGAGUAUUGUGAUGUAGAAGCUGAGAACUAUGUUCCUUGCUUUAAUGUCUCUGAGAGUCUUGAGAUGGGUUACACCAACGGUGAUGAAAACGAUCGGUUUUGUGGGUCUGGUUCGAAACAGGAGUGUUUGGUUUUGCCGCCUGUGGAUUAUAAGGUUCCUCUUAGGUGGCCGACGGGUAAAGAUGUUAUCUGGUUUCGUAAUGUUAAGAUUACUGCUGAUGAAGUCUUGACUUCUGGUAGUAUCAACAAGAGGAUGAUGAUGAUGGAUGAUGAUCAGAUAUCUUUUCGUUCUGCGUCUCCUAUGUUUGAUGAGGUUGAAGAUUAUUCCCAUCAGAUUGCUCAAAUGAUUGGGAUUAAGAAUGAUAACUUCAUUGAAGCUGGUGUGAGAACUAUAUUGGAUAUUGGAUGUGGUUAUGGUAGCUUUGGGGCACAUCUACUCUCAAAACAGCUUUUAACCAUGUGCAUAGCAAACUAUGAAGCGUCAGGUAGCCAAGUCCAGCUAACACUUGAGAGGGGCUUACCUGCGAUGAUUGCUUCUUUUGUAUCAAAGCAAUUGCCAUAUCCUUCUCUUUCCUUUGAUAUGUUGCAUUGCUCAACGUGUGGUAUUGAUUGGGACCAGAAAGAUGGGCUUCUCCUUGUAGAAGUCGAUAGAGUUCUGAAGCCAGGAGGCUAUUUUGUGUGGACAUCGCCCCUCACAAAUGCUCGUAACAAAGAGGAUCUUAAAAGAUGGAACUUUGUUCAUGAUUUUGCUGAAAGCAUCUGUUGGACUCUUUUGUCUCAGCAAGACAAGACAGUUGUCUGGAAAAAGACAAUCAAAACCAAAUGUUACAGUGCACGGAAGCCUGGGGUUGGUCCUUCUGUGUGUUCCAAAGGACACGACGUCGAGUCUCCUUAUUACAGACCGCUUCAGAUGUGUCUUGGUGGAACACGUAGCCGUAGGUGGAUUCCCAUUGAAGGCAGGACAAGAUGGCCUAGCCGGUCUAACAUGAACAAGACUGAACUUUCACUCUAUGGUCUUCACCAGGAGGUGGUUGGAGAAGAUGCUGAGAACUGGAAAGUAAAUGUAAGAGAAUACUGGUCACUCUUGUCUCCUCUGAUAUUCUCUGAUCACCCCAAGAGACCCGGCGACGAAGACCCAUCACCCCCUUACAACAUGCUAAGAAACGUUUUGGACAUGAAUGCUCAAUACGGUGGCCUCAACUCCGCCUUGUUGGAAGCAAAGAAAUCAGUAUGGGUCAUGAAUGUUGUCCCUACAGCUGGACCAAACCACCUCCCAAUGAUCCUUGACCGUGGCUUUGUCGGAGUUUUGCACGACUGGUGUGAAGCAUUCCCGUCUUAUCCGAGAACAUACGAUCUUGUCCACGCAGACAAUCUUUUGACUCUUCAGACAAGCAAGCUCCGGAGCUCAUGCUCGUUUAUGCAAAUAUUCACAGAGAUUGAUAGAUUACUUCGUCCAGAGGGAUGGGUGAUAAUCCGAGACACGGCGCAGCUGGUGGAAGCAGCCAGAGCUUUGACAACGCAGUUGAAGUGGGAAGCUAGAGUCAUAGAGGUUGAAAGCAGCAGUGAACAGAGACUUCUCGUCUGCCAAAAACCAAUCACCAAGAGACAAUCAAUCUGAUCAAGAACAAGGAGGACAUAGACACAGGUUUUGUCUACUUUUUUAAUUUUAUUUUUGUUCCAAGUCUCACAUCAUUGAACUGUGGUGGCUAUACGGGGAAGAAGAAAGGGAGUAAGAAGAUGAUAUAUAUAUAUCUCGCCGGGGGGACGCAAGACCGCCGGUGAAGUAACUUUAUCUGGUUUCAUGAGUUCCCAUUUUACAGAAUCUAGAUUUAUUUUUACUUUUGAGGUUUACUAUUUUUAAAAAUACUUAUUAUUUAUAUACAGUGAAAAGAAUAUGAUCCACAUUUGUGAAGAAGAUGAUGUUUAUCAAAUAAGUUGAAGUUGUAUU